GUGAUGGUUGCAAGAUGGCGGCGCUGAAGGAGGCUCGGAGUUACGGGUUGUCGUGUGGACGCGUGAGCGACGGCAGCAGGGUGUCGGUGUUCCACGUGAAGCUCACCGACAGUGCUCUGAAGGCUUUCGAGAGCUACCGGGCCCACCAGGAUUCCGUGUCACUGAGACCAUCCAUCCGAUUUGAAGGAAGCCAAGGACACAUCUCUAUACCCCAGCCCGACUGCCCAGAGGAGGUGCGGGCCUUCUCCUUCUACCUCUCCAAUAUUGGCCGCGACAGCCCCCAGGGCAGCUUUGAUUGCAUCCAACAAUAUGUAUCCAGCUUGCUCUUGUUUUGCAGCCAUGGGGAUGUUCACCUGGACUGCCUGGGCAGCAUCCAGGACAAGGUCACAGUGUGCGCCACCGACGACUCCUACCAGAAGGCACGACAGAGCAUGGCACAGGCCGAGGAGGAAACUCGGAGCCGAGGAGCCAUCGUCAUUAAGGCUGGAGGCCGGUACAUGGGAAAAAAGGUGCAGUUUCGGAAGCCAGCGCCAGGGGCAGCUGAUGCAGUGCCCUCCCGGAAACGUGCCACCCCCAUUAACCUGGCAAGUGCCAUCAGAAAGAGCACUGGGAGCGGGGCCAGCAGUGUGGUGCAGAGGCCCUUCCGAGAUCGGGUGCUACACCUCCUGGCCCUGAGGCCCUACCGGAAGGCCGAGCUGCUGCUGCGGUUACAGAAGGAUGGGUUGACACAGGCGGACAAGGACACCCUGGACAGCCUGCUGCAGCAGGUGGCCAGUGUGAACCCCAAGGAUAGCACGUGCACACUGCAGGACUGCAUGUACAAACACGUGCAGAAGGACUGGCCCGGCUACUCCGAGGGUGACCAGCAGCUGCUGAAGCGCGUGCUCAUGCGGAAGCUGUGUCAGCCACAGAGUGCCACCACAGACUCCAGCCCGCCCCAAGAGCACGGGCGCUCCACCUCACCCUCUCAGAAACGGCCACAGCCUGCAGAUUUCAUUGACCCCUUGGCCAGCAAGAAGCCCCGGAUCUCACAUUUCACACAGCGAGCACAGCCCACCCUCAAUGGCAAACUGGGCGCCCCCAAUGGCCAUGAGACUCUGCUGCCCGCUCCAGGACCCGCCCCGUCAGACACCGUCAGCUCUAGCCAUCUGCCCCCACGGCUGGAGCCCCCACGGCUGGAGCCCCCACGGACCCACGACCCCCUGGCUGAUGUCAGUAAUGACCUAGGCCACAGUACCCAGGACUACAAGCACCAGGAGGCCACCCCAGCUCCAGCACCCCACCUUGGGCUUCCCCUGCUGACGGACUUUCCUCAGGCUGAGCACCCUACUAGUUCCUCACACACCCACAGCCGACCCAAGAAGAAGUCUAAGAAGCACAAAGACAAGGAACGGCCUCCUGAAGAAAGGCCCCCCGCGCCACAGCCUGAUGCACCUACUGCCCCUGCACUGCCGCCAGAUUCCCCAGGUCUGAAUGGAGCCUGUGCCAGUGUCCCCACAUCCACGUCAGAGACCCCGGACUACUUGCUGAAAUACCCGGCCAUCUCGUCAUCAGAGCAGCGCCAGAGCUAUAAGAACGACUUCAAUGCCGAGUACACCGAGUACCGCGGCCUGCACGCGCGCAUUGAGCAGAUCACCCGCAGGUUCACACAGCUCGAUGCACAGCUCAGGCAGCUGAGCCAGGGCUCGGAGGAGUACGAGACAACCCGUGGACAGAUUCUUCAGGAAUACAGGAAAAUCAAAAAGACCAACACCAACUACAGCCGCGAGAAGGAGCGCUGCGAGUACCUGCACAGCAAGCUGGCGCACAUUAAGAGCCUCAUCGCGGAGUACGACCAGCGGCAGCUCCAGGCCUGGCCGUAGCACACAGGCCGCUCGUCCGGCGGCUCCGCCUGCCUUUCCUAGUUUUAUAUGGACUUGGCCCUCAGCUGCCGCAGAGACGUCUAUUUUUGUACCUUUUCUACUCUGUGCCUCCUCCAAGGCCCAGGCCUCUGAGUGUUAGACGCCCCGGGAAGAGAGCAGCAAGUGCCAGGCCGCUGCCUUCAGAGCCCCGGCUGACAAGGUCUGCAGUUUCCUGCUGUGCCCACAGUCCCCAACACACUGCCCUCCAUGCCACACUGCGGCUGUGUGGCCCCGAGCUGCUGGCCUCGUCUGUCCCUCCAUCCAUUUGUGGGUCCUGGUAUCACCUCCCUGCUGGGUUCCCACUGGGGGUGCCAAGGGUGGCACCUGGCUUGCCUUCUCCAGGGUGCAGGCCUGUGGCCCCCGGUUGCUGCUUUCUUACUGUGCCUCGUGUCAUACCCCAAAUCCAAAUCCAAGGGGCCAUUGGUGUGCGUGUGUGUGUGCGCGCGUGUAUGUGUGUUUGUGCGUGUGUGUGUGUGUGUGUGUGUGUGCGCGCGUGUGUGUGCAUGUGUGUGUGUGUGUGUGUGUGCGCGCGCGCGUGGGUUCUGAGCACAUUCAGAGGGAAGCCAUUUUGGGGAAGUGGUGGGUGCCACAGGGUCGCUCACUGCUUCUCACAGCUGUAGGGCAGGGAGAGAAUGUCAGACACAGAUGUCUAUUUUUCUAAACCAUGAGGGUGUCUUUGGGUGGCUUCCAAAGAGCCUGGCUGCCUGGAGGCACCUGCCUGGCCCAGUCCCCCCUCCCCCAGCCAGCUCCUAGCUUUCUUUGGGGAUCCCUGGAGUCCGCAGACCCUAGAGGAACCAAGCCUUCAUGUUUCAAUAGAUGCUGGUUUCUACCUGGGGGCAGGCCCAAGUUCUGCAUGGUGCACGUCCCACACAGCCGCACUGCACAGGCUCAGGGGAGACUCAGGCCCGCCCCUCCCCUCCCCUCGAACUCCAUCCAGGGCUGUUAGUGACUGAUGUUUGGGUUCUUUUGUUGUCUGAGCUUUGGGAAGGCAGGGCCACACUCUGGGGCUGCAGAUGGCCGCUGGCAGGGUAAGCGUGGUCUAACUUAGUGGGAUUCUCCCGCCUUCUGAGCUGUGGAGACAGUCUACUUUGAGCCAUGGUGUUUACAAAGUCUUCACUUUUGCCAAAACGUUACAAUUGACAGAGAAGCGGUGUCUCCAGACCCUUUCUUAAGAGUCUGUCCUCUGUAUACCAAGCAGGUGAACCGCCAGCUCUCAAAGUCUAUAAUAAAUUUGAUGGAAUUGAA